GAUUUCAGCACGCGUACGAGAUACACAGAGAGUGAAGGCGCGUAAGAAGAGCACAGCUGCCAUCUCCGAUCACUGUCUCACUCCCGUUUGCUUCAGCUUAACUCCUAAAUCUCUCUCUCUCUCUCCAUCUCUCUCCACGCUUCUCUCUCGAAUCCCUGUCUCUCUCCCUCAGCACACAAAUGUCGGCUUCAACUAAACUCUCCCACUACUUCAUUGUAAUUGCAUCUCUACUAGCAAUCUCAGCCGUUGGAUCAGCAGUAGCAUCAAUACACACCUACCGUCGAGAUCCGUUUCGAGAAGUCGGUAGCUCAUAUCUCGUCUCCGGCGGCAGCGAAGGCAUCGUCUACUCCACCAAUGGCUCCUCUUAUAUCCAAUUCCAGAAUAUCACAUUUUUGAGGAGUAGAGCAGCGGCAGAUCACCAUCCAAAGGUGUCCCAUAGUACUGGGUUGGUACAAAUUGUAAUUUUUGAAGCAGCUGAUCGUGAUAAUAUUGGUGGUUCACCUUAUGGUGGACAGAGGUCCAUCUGUUGUACCCCCGAUCUUGCUAAGCUGGAAGGUUGUAAACAAGGUGAAGUCAUUAGAAUACCUUCUGCAAGUGAUAAUAAUUGGCCCAUUGUCUUGAAUGUUCAUUUUAGUGGGAGGCAUAUGGCGACCCAUUUGAGAAAUACAAAGAUCCAAAUCACAAAAACUGGAAUGUACAACUUAUUUUUUAUAUCAUGUGACCCUGAACUCAAGGGAAUGACCCUGAGUGGAAGAACUGUAUGGAAAAAUCCUGAUGGUUAUUUACCUGGACGGAUGGCUCCUCUCAUGAAGUUUUAUGUGAUUAUGUCUCUUGCAUAUGUGAUGCUUUGUCUCAUAUGGUUUGUCCAGUACGUGCGAUUUUCAAAUGAUGUAUUGCAACUUCAGCAUUGGAUUACAAUUGUUAUUGCUUUGGGAUUGUUCGAGAUGAGUCUUUGGUAUUUUGAGUAUGCGCACUUCAACAACACAGGAACAAGGCCUGUUGGAAUUACAACUUGGGUAGUCACAAUUGGAGCUAUAAGGAAAACUCUUACGCGCCUUCUCAUACUCUCUGUCUCAAUGGGAUAUGGGGUUGUUCGUCCUACUCUUGGUGGUUUUACUGCUAAAGUGAUGCUUCUUGGAGUUACUUACUUUUUGGCAUCUGAGUUGCUAAAUAUUACCGAGUAUGUGGGCACCAUAAAUGAUAUCUCAGGAAGAGCAAGAGUUUUCUUUGUCCUUCCUGAAGCUUUGCUGGAUGCAUUUCUUAUUCUAUGGAUUUUUACUUCCCUCUCAAAGACACUGGAGCAACUGCAGGCGAAGAAAAGCUCAGUCAAGUUGGAUAUAUACAGGAAAUUUUCAAAUGCCUUGGCAGUCACUGUCAUUGCUUCGGUUGCUUGGAUAGUAUAUGAGGUUUACUUCAAAGCAACAGAUCCUUUUAAUGAGAGAUGGCAAAGAGGUUGGAUCAUUAGUGCUUUUUGGGACAUCCUUGCUUUGCUAUUGCUCUGUGUUAUCUGCUAUCUAUGGGCCCCAUCACAAAGCUCUCAGCGGUAUGCAUAUUCUGAGAAGGUCGAUGAAGAAGAUGAAGAAGCUCAAACCUUGUUCAAAGGCGAUAUAAAUUUAGUCAAACUGGACCGAAGGGAUAGUGGAGAAGGCACAAAUAGUUUUGAUGGAGAAGAUGAUGAAGAAGAAGAGGGUAAGAGGGAGUAAUUAAGAAGUGUCCUGAUUGGGAGAAUCUUCUGUAUAGAUGACGCAGAGGAAUUUUUUGCUGCAACAGACUUAAGAACCGCCUGCCAACUUGUGAAUUUUACUUGAAGAAUAUAGAUUUUUUUUUUCUCUUCCUAUUUUUUUUAAUAGUUACAGUUGUCCCCAUUGUUAGGUGCGUAGGGGGAUUUGAGGCCGGAGGUACUUGGUUGUAUUUGUUACAUUUGGCGCUUAUGAACAAGAAUGUUUAUUAAAGUGAACACCAACUUUGUUUUGUAAUUACACCUGUGAUCAAGAGAAGUCUGUAAUGUAAAUUACUCGUGUUUUCUAUAUUAGCAAGAUCAGAAGUUCGACAA